AUCUCAUCAAACACACUGACUGCAGAGCAACGUUUAGUGCCUGACACGGUAAGAAGACAUGAAAAAAUGAGUGUCUGUUGUGGAAAUCUAUAGACUUAAAAGGCAACUAGAAAAGGACAAAGAGUCCUGCACUGCACUGCAUCAUUUAUAGCACUUUUAUAGAUAUUCACAGAGGAAGUCAGAACCUGGAUGACUUUGUGACAAAAACACUGCAAAUGUGAGAGUGCUGCUGUGCUGAGAAUGACUUUGAGAAUAAACUGAUUUUGGAUGAUUACCUAUCUUUAAAAUGUUUUUUUGAAAAAUCAGAUUGUAACACUCUAAAGUAUUAAACUUCAGUGCAAACUUAUGGCAAUAUUCAGCGCUACCCACAACAUAGAUCAUAGAAAGCAGUUCCACCUAGUCCAGCAGUCUCCUUUCUCUGAAGGUAGCAUCUUGGAGGAGGGACUAUGUGUAUCUGUGGUUGCAAAGUGCAAGACACGUGGUAGGUAGAUCUCAAAAUAAACUGAAAAUAGAUCCCUCUAUCAGGGACAGAGAUUUGGGGCUCGUGGAGAUCAUAGACAACAUCUGUAAAUCUAUUUUCAAGUAAUCUUAUUUUGGGAAAACAUUAAGCCCUGGUAUCUUUAGUCUUCUUAGCAGAACAUCUACCUAACCUAUAAACUAUACCUUUUCUCCUCUCCUCAUGUUUAGGCUUUUCUUUAGUAAUGAAAAUACCAAUGUCCAAAGUUGUUCAUUUAAGGUAAGGUGUCUCUCUUUUCCUUUCCAUUCUCUUUCCAUCACUUAAAAUGCAAAUGCUUUGGAAUAGAGUUGGUUUAGAAAGUGUGAAAGAGAUUGUAAUAGACUCAGAGUGGAGCAUGCUGAGUUUUGUAGGUGCUGUCAGUGAGACACUCCCUGCUUCAGUGAUGGGAUGGGAAGGCUGAUCUGAAGCCAUUCUGAGUAGUUUUGCAUCAAAAGAGAAUCUGUUCCUUGGUUUUCACCAUUACCAGUCAAUAAGAAGCAUUCCCACUUGGAUAUUUUAGGAUUUGAGGUGGAGUCAGAGCUUUCCAACUAUUUGCCUAAAAAUGCCUUAAAAAACUAUUUCCUGUUGUGUUGCCACACUGGAAUAACAGUGCUAAAAAGAGAAAACUGAGUCAGAGAGAAACUAGAGGCAAUGUAAGGCAGAACAAUUUCAAGUAAAGUGGUUUAUAAUGACUAAGAUCUGAAGUAUGUUCAUUUCCCUAUUGGCAAGAUCAGAGUGGCAUUGCAAAAUAGUUUUUCACGCUGAAGUUUUACAAUACAAUUUGAAUUACAGUGUGCUUCUCUAGCAUUUAGGAAACAAAGACAGUGAGAAUGCAGCGUGAUGUCUGAUACAAACACGGCUGGGGUAACCCUUUGUUCACAUUAUCUGGACUUUGGCAAAGCAAUAGGACAAGGAUGGGGGAAAAAUGAAAAGAGGGGACCUCCAGCAAGAAUUGGAUUAAUAAAUAAUUUGGGUUAAUUCAUCAAAUCCCGUUUUGUUUACAACUGGACUCCUUCAUUCAUUCAAUCAAAUUUUCCUUAUUUUUUCACCUACUGGAGAGAUGCAUAUAAAAGACAUUUAAACACAUUUUAGAUUUAAAUAAUAUUUUUUUAAAAAACCUACUUAGUAAUGUGUGACUUCUUUUCUUUAGCCGGAAGGGCUUAGAAAUACUUGAACGUGAAGACUCUUAACAUCAUUUCUUUCUUUUCCCAGAAUGUUUUGGGCCAAGUAAGGAACCUGUAUUCUGUAUUUCAUCAUGGCCCAGAAGAACUGUUGCAGAUGCUGUGCCUCAGAAUUUGUGGGGUCUUACGUUGGCCAUGGCAUGAGAAAGGAGUUGUUCAGGAAAUUAGUCUCUGUGUGUCCAUUUGCAAAAAGCCAUUGCCAAAAUUUAUUUGGGAAAGAUUAUAAGCCAAAAAUGCCUUCAUUAGCAUCAUGCUAUUUUCAUGAUACUGUUAAGGAUUAGGACUUUCUUUAGGGAACAUACAGACCAAAACUGUCAGCGGAAACCAACAGCAGUUCUCACUUCAAGGAAACCUUGACUCAUGAUGCAGGUUUUAUAAAUGACUUCGUCAAUCUCAGAGAUGCUUGAAUUUCAGAUUAUGAAGCCCCUGUGAGUACAGGCCCAUUACUCUGAAUGGAGAGGCCAUAAAAGCAUCAGUACCUCUGACAUAAAACUGAUGUAUUAUGUAAUAAUGUUUCAAGUAGAACUUGGAACUUCAUUUAUCAGCCAUGUCCUUAGUUGGGUAUUGCACAGGUUACAAAUGAAACCCUGAAUGUUUCACUCACAUGACACAUACUAAUAAAAUGCGAUAAUGGGGAGGCUGGGGGAGAUGGAUAAAGGGAUAAUGACUCUUUCAAGCCAACUGAUCCCAAAGACUGGGGGAGGAGGAUGGAUGGGAAUGUCUUCAAUGAUUCUGAACAUCUUCCUACAGAUAGCAAAUUAAGCUGUUUGCUGUGGGAGCUGCCAAAGUAAGUAGGCAGGUUUCUUACCAAACACUCAGCUUGCAUAAUUCAGCUCAUUCUAGCAGCUUGGGCAUUCCACUAGCUGCUGUUCUUGAUCUUUACAUUUCCCUGCAUGUAAAUCAAAAUUACAGCUGGGAAAGCAAGGAGAAAAAACCUAACAAAAUGCACCUGUGGAAAGAGGAUUAAAAUGGUUCAGAAAAUUCUAAGGAGGAUAAAUUUAAUGCUAAAAUUAAAACCAGCCAAUAGGUGUGAAAGCAGCUCUUUCUCUGUCAUGGUAAUUCAUGUGCAUAUUAAUAGACCCAAUGAACUAGUGAGUGAAGAGCAAACCUUCUCAACCAAAGCCCAGAGCCAAAACUCCUCUGGACAAGCACCUGCAGUUUGGUUUCACCACUCUAAGAGGUCUUGGAUUGGUAUCUGCAGCACAGGACUAAUGCUGCCUCCUGAUAGCACUGAGUUGUGUCAAGUGUGGUUUACAGGCGCAGCAUGCCAGGCUCUUGUUCAUUGCUGGCAAAAAUGCACAGCUAAUGGUGGUGAUUAUGUUGAAAAAAUAUUGUUUUGUAGCUGAGAAUUUGCUCUACAAAAUAGUGGUAUUGUGCUUUUUGUAUCUGUUGUAGUUUCCACUGAAACAAAUAGUAGCCAUUGCUUUUGGAGUGACCGAUUAUAGUUCAUUAACUAAGUCUAAACGUAAACUCUUGCUUUUAUAGUUAAGACUGGUCUAUUCCCUUACAGUGAAACAAGGUUUAUGUCUUUCCUCUUUAAACAGUACAGUUCUUCAAGGAAUUUAUAUAAAAAUAUUAAUCUGAAAGAUUUAAGGAAUAACAGAUGUAAACUUUUAUUAUAUAAUAAUUAAUUACAGAUGUCAUGCUUCCAUUUUCUCGUUCACUUUUUAUUUAUUUUUAAUGUUUGCCAGAUCACUUCAAUGGUCUUUACUUCAUUUUUCAAUCAACUGCUUCAAUUACCAUGCUCCCUUAUGGGUGUCUGCAAGUUUGUUGUGGAUGACUGGGGAAGAGUGUUGCAGGAAGCUCUUCUUGCUGUUCUGAAAAACAAGCUUGGAUGGAACUAAACUUCCAUCAUAGAUUAAAAGCACCUUGUACAUGGAAUUUGGAAAGCAGCUUGUAACUAUAACUCCAGCUGUUAAAACAGAACAGAAUUAAUUCCCUAGAAAUAACGUACUUGGUGAGUAUUUAAAGUGUACAGAAAUAGCCUUCCUUUCAGGGAGUGGACUGUAGUAUAUAGGCAUUUGAUCCUGCUCUUGGAGCCCUGUGAUCAGGUUAGAAUGUGCUUUAUUCUCAGUGUUACAGGAGGUGAGGGGUAGUAAAUUGACUUUUUAUGAGAUUUUAAACAAGGUAUGGCCUGUCAUAGGAGUAAGGAUGCAGUAUACAAUUCUACUGUAGAACUUUCUUGUGAUGCCUCAUUAGCUUUUGAACUGCUAAGUUAAGAUUUUAAUUACCGAAGUGCUGUGUCUUAAGGUUGCUAAUAUUUGAUGUUCCAUGAGCUUAUGAACGUUUGCUGUGAAUUCUAAUUCUGAUGUGUCACUUCUAAAGUGGUGUUUGUCCCUACCCAGCGAAACCAAUGGCCAGUAACUCUUGUACACACACUACUUUUGGCUCUAGAGGCUAAAUGCUUGGUUCAUCUAGCCUGUUUUGCUGACUGUUGCUUGAGCCAAUGUUAGUGUAGGAUGCAAAAACUAAACACUACUGACUCAAUUUGAGCAAAUCCUGAAUAACCUUGUUACUUCAGUCUUGCUAAUUAUAUCAGACAGCUUCAGUGAUCAGCACUGAAGGCCUUCUGUAUGAUAUGGUCUGCACUGGAUCAUUCCGUCAAUAUAGAGAGAGUAGUAAAGGGAAAUUCUUACCUUCCUAGUUCGCUGCAUUCUCAGAAAGGAAAAAUUUCUACAUCAGAUGGUAGAAAUCCUUUUCAUGAACUAACAUUUUUUAUUUAGUGGAGAAGUUAACUAGUAUGAGUGCUUUAAUGUAUCAUCCUGUUGAUUAUCUUCUAAAAGAAGAAUUUUUAAAGGUUCACUUCUUGGCUAGAAUGCUUUUCUUCUGUGGAAGAAAACACACCUUGAACCAAGCACCUCUUGCAUCUCACCACUUGUUACGUCUUAAUUCCUGUUUUCCUCCCACCAACCUGAAGAUACUUCAGAUUACUUUACCAGAUGCCCUUUGGCUUCUUUUCACCAGCAAACCGUUCUUACACCCAGGAAAAUAUGACAAAGGAAAUUGGCAGUUAAAGUGAUAAGUCAUGUGAAAGUAAAAUAAACAGAUUUACUGAAACUACUCUCGCAUUUCAGGGAAAAGGUUUGAAUGUUCCCAUGGUAAGUUAUCAGUUUCAGUUCUCUCUUUCCAAAAUCUCUAGACUGAAGGAAGAAGGGCAAAUGGAAAAAAUAAGAGACAAAGAGCACUGGUGGAUGGAGCUGUUAAGUGUUGCUUUUGCUAAGGUCAUCUCUUUCCCAGCCUGCUUUACUGUAGCACAAAGUGGGAAACAAAAAUUGGCCUUUAGAGCCUUUCUCCAGUGUAUGUGCUUCUCUGCCUGGGACUCCUGAUGGCCACCUCAGCCAGCACAGGAGCAAGUCUCUGAGGCUGUCCAGCUUGAUGGCAACCAGAAUCCCUUGUUAAAGAUAUAGGUCCGUCCAGCCACCUCUAGCGUAGGAAUAGGAUAGGCUGGGAUGUGUGGAUUUUUGGGGGGUAUCUCUGCAAAAUUUGCAGUGUAUCUUUAUACUUUUCAGCUUUAAAUUCUAUCUAGCCUCUUCUGCUCCAGCUAAUGACUUUCUACACUCCCACUACAGCCUAGAAGAGAAAAGGAAAAGGUAGUGUGGUAGCAAUAGAGUCCCUCAGGGCAUUGGGAGGGGAUGGCAAAGGUAAAAUUGUAGGACAGCUUGAACCAGAUGAUUCUCUCCUAUUUACUAGUCUAACUGCAAAAUCUUUGGACUGACAUCACCCUGCAACAGCAUACAGUAGAAUAUCUUGGCUCUCACUGAGACUCAGAAGACCACGGGCAGUAUUUGUGUCAUUUGGAAGUCAUUUUGAUAUGUAUUGAAUCUCCUGGAUCUAAUGACAGGCUGUUCAUGGGCAGUGGUCUCCCUCCAGCAGAAGAGAAACAAAUGCUUGAGCCUGGCCACUUCAAGGUCUUUCUUUUAGCCCUGCAUCCUUUCUGUGAGAGAAUCCUGAAAUCUGGUUGUUGUUUUUCUUUUCUUAGUCACCUCCUGUUUCUGUUGGUACUUCACUGGAAGAGUCUCCAACAGGCUGGACAAGUUUCUACCCAUCAUGGCAUUCUUCACCAUUUCAAAGCUGUUUUAGCAACCCAGAAGAGUCACCUGUCUAUAAGCAGUGCCCACGUGAUGUGACUAUUGGAAUGACUGCAGUAAGAAUACUGUAUAUUCCUAAAGAAAACACUUGGAAGGGAGGAAGAUAACCUAUAUUAGAGUGUUAAACAUACGGAAAAUCUUCCAGCUCAGGGCACCACACACAACCUUCUGCCACCAGUGCAAGUUAAGAAGAGAAGAACUGCAGUGCAAAUUGUCUAAAUCUCAUUAAUCCCCAAGACCAUUUAUUUGUUGGAAGCAAUUCUGUCUGAAAAUUGGCAUUACAGUGGAUUGGGAACAAAGAAUGAAGUGCUUACCAAAGCGGGAUUCCUGGAAGAGGAAAACGAUCUGGAGUAUUUAAAUAAGUGGUUUUGGAUUGAAAUCUGGACCUCUGCAUGGAAUUGGUCUGAAAGACAAGAGACCUUGUUUCUAUUCGUCCAUGGAGUUUCCAUUUUUUCAUGGAAAGAUAUCAAGAAAAGCAUGUGAAGAUCUGCUGUGCAAGAAAGGAAAGAAUGGUAGCUAUUUAAUACGGGAGAGUGAAACCGUGGCUGGAGCCUUGUGUCUGUGUGUUCUCUUUGAAAAAGUCAUCUACACUUACCGUAUCUUCAGGGAAUAUGAAGGAUGUUAUAAAGUACAGACUUCUGAAGGUGUUCCACAAAAGGUCUUCAAAACAUUAAAGGAUUUAAUAUAUAACUAUGAAAAGCCAAACCAAGGGCUAGUAACAAAGCUUCGCUACCCAGUCAAGAAAACAAGCUCCUCACGAAGAAGCCAGAGGUUCAAGACAGGAAAUGAUGACAUUUACGAUGAAAUUGAUGAAAGUGAUUAUGUUGAUGUCUUAUCUUGAAUGAUCUGCAAUCUGAAGAAUUGGAAAGACACCAUUUUAGGCUGUGCCGCAGCACAUCAACUGGAGAGAGUUAAUAGUUGGACAUUCAAAGCUAUGUAUCUAUACCUCUAGAAUUAGUGCCUUUUGUAGAUUAACAGAACAACUGUAUUUUGCCCAUGUAGAUCCAGCACAACUACUAUGUAUUUUUUGUGCAUCAUUAAGAGAAUUAGUUUUUCUGGCACGUGGAUAAUCACAUGGGGGAAAGGGUAUGUGUACUUGUUUGCUUGUGUAUGUGUAUUUGUUGGAUUUUUUUAGCAAACUUUCCAAGAUGCCUACUGCUGAAAUGUACAAUCUGUUAUUUUAUAAAUCUUAUAUCUAAAGACAGCUGUCAAGUAGAUGGGGCCCGGCUCUUUUCAGUGGUGUCCAGCAAUAGGACAAGGGACAAUGGGCACAAACUGGAACACAGAGAGUUCCAUAUGAACAUGAGGAAGAACUUUUUUACUUUGAGAGUGACAGAGCACUGGGACAGGCUGCCCAGAGAGGCAGGUUUCUUCUCAGGAGAUAUUCAAGACUUGUCUGGAUGCUUAUUUGUGCAACUGACUGUAGAGAACUGCUUUAGCAGGGGUUUGGACUCAUGGGUAUCCAAUUUUUUGGCUUGCCCGGGCCACACUGAGUGAAGAGGAAUUGUCUUGGGCCACAUGUAAAAUAUAUAAUAUAGUUAAUUUAUAUAAGUAACCAUAUUUUUUUUUAAUUAAAAUAUAUAAAAAGUGGACAACAUAAUCAUAAAUCUAGUAGGUCAGACAUACACAGACUAGACGAUCUCAGACAUCCUUACCAAUCUCUACGAUUCUGUGAUUUUGUGCAUCUGUUAGAAAGCAUUGUGAAUAUAAUAAAUUAAUGUUCAUAAAGCAGUAGCUUAUGGCAAAACUGAUAUAUGUUGAUAAAAAGUAUACACAAUAAAAAUUACAUUGUCAUCA